GAUGUCACUGCUUCAGUCAGUCUCAGCAUCACUGCUCUAGGCAGCCGGCAGAGCCAUUUUGGCUUCUACAUUACAGGGCACUCAAAGAUCUCUCCUCCAAGAAGCCUUCCUCCUUACAAGCAGGCCUCACCGGGCAUCCAGCUACACUUUGCUACACCUCGCUGGAACAAAUAAAGGAUCCUGUUAAACAGGGGGAAAAGAAGAUUGUUUUCGACAUUUCAGAGGAAGAGCUCAAAAAAGAGAAUUUGGGCAGCCAGCACAAGAGGCAGUAGUGGGAGCUGAACUGUAGAGUCAAUAGCUGAGAGCAUCAGAGGAUCACCAUCGUAAAGGUGUGAGCAGUGACCUGGACUUUUAAAGGAGUGCUUUCCGCACACACGCAGAGGCACCAUGGCAGGGGCCUCGGUGAAGGUGGCGGUGAGAGUCCGUCCCUUUAACUCUCGUGAGACCAGUAAAGAGUCCAAGUGCAUCAUCCAGAUGUCAGGAAACACAACCACCAUCAUCAACCCCAAAGCACCCAAAGAAACCAAAAGCUUCAAUUUUGAUUACUCCUACUGGUCACACACCUCACCAGAAGAUAUCAACUAUGCCUCCCAGCAGCAGGUGUACAGAGACAUUGGAGAGGAAAUGUUACUUCAUGCCUUUGAGGGCUACAACGUCUGUAUUUUUGCAUACGGCCAGACUGGGGCCGGUAAAUCUUAUACCAUGAUGGGCAAACAGGAGAAGGACCAGCAGGGGAUCAUUCCACUGCUGUGUGAAGAUCUUUUCACCAAGAUUAAUGACAGCAAUACUGAUAACAACAUGUCCUAUUCUGUGGAGGUUAGUUAUAUGGAGAUUUACUGUGAAAGAGUACGAGAUCUUCUGAACCCAAAAAACAAAGGAAAUCUGCGUGUGCGAGAGCACCCAUUACUGGGCCCGUAUGUAGAGGAUCUGUCCAAACUCGCCGUCACAUCAUAUAACGAUAUUCAAGACCUGAUGGACUCAGGGAAUAAGGCUAGGACAGUAGCUGCUACUAACAUGAAUGAGACCAGCAGCCGUUCACACGCUGUCUUCAACAUCAUCUUCACCCAGAAGCGUUAUGACUCAGAGACAGACAACACUUCAGAAAAGGUCAGCAAAAUCAGUCUGGUGGAUUUAGCCGGCAGUGAGAGAGCUGAUUCCACUGGAGCCAAAGGCACACGGCUCAAGGAAGGGGCAAACAUCAAUAAAUCACUCACAACCCUGGGAAAAGUCAUUUCGGCUCUGGCUGAGGUGGAUUCUGGCUCAAACAAGAAUAAAAAGAAGAAGAAAGUAGAAAGUUUUAUUCCUUACAGGGAUUCUGUACUGACCUGGCUACUGAGAGAGAACCUUGGUGGCAACUCUCGCACUGCAAUGGUGGCGGCUCUCAGUCCUGCUGACAUCAACUAUGAUGAAACCCUCAGCACUCUCAGGUAUGCAGACAGGGCUAAGCAGAUCCGUUGUAAUGCUGUGAUCAAUGAAGAUCCUAAUAACCGUCUGGUGCGUGAGCUGAAAGAUGAGGUGUCCCGUCUGAAGGACCUCCUCUAUGCCCAGGGCCUGGGUGACAUCAUCGAGACGUUUCGGGGGCCAGUUGAAGAUUUUGCUGGUUUGAAAUACAUAUCCGAUUACAAGAACAAUAACAAUAGUGGCCAAGCUGUCAAUCAAAGAGGUGAUCUCUCCACAGUGACCAAUGCUGUGACGGGGAUGAGCCCCUCCUCAUCUCUCUCCGCCCUGUCCAGCCGAGCUGGUUCCAUCAGCAGCCUCCAUGAUCGCAUCAUGUUCAGCCCAGGGAGCGAGGAAGCCAUUGAGAGACUCAAGGAAACGGAGAAAAUUAUUGCUGAGCUCAAUGAAACCUGGGAAGAGAAGCUUCGCCGUACAGAAGCCAUCAGAAUGGACAGAGAAGCACUGCUGGCUGAGAUGGGUGUGGCCAUGCGUGAGGAUGGAGGAACUGUUGGAGUCUUUUCACCAAAGAAGACGCCCCACCUGGUGAAUCUAAAUGAAGAUCCUUUAAUGUCUGAGUGUCUUCUGUAUUACAUCAAAGAUGGAAUUACCAGGGUGGGGAGAGAAGAUGCCAGCAGAAGACAGGACAUUGUUUUGAGUGGUCACUUCAUCAAAGAGGAACACUGCACUUUCACCAGCACCACUAGACCUAUGGGAGAAGCUGUCAUUCUUGAGCCGUGUGAGGGAGCAGAAACUUAUGUCAAUGGGAAGAGAGUAACAGAGCCUACGGUUCUCAAAUCAGGGAACCGAAUCAUUUUGGGCAAGAGCCAUGUGUUCCGCUUCAACCAUCCAGAGCAGGCUCGUCAGGAACGUGAACGAACCCCCUGCGCUGAGACGCCAAUGGAGCCUGUAGACUGGGCCUUUGCUCAGAGAGAACUCCUGGAGAAACAGGGCAUUGAUAUGAAACAGGAAAUGGAUCAGAGACUGCAGGAACUUGAGGAUCAGUAUCGCAAAGAGAGAGAGGAGGCCAACAAUCUAUUGGAGCAACAGAGAUUAGACUAUGAGAGCAGGUUAGAAGCCCUGCAGAAACAGGUAAAUCGUUGUUACCCUGAUGUGGCAGAGGAAGAUGAAGAACCUCAGGAGGAAGUGCAAUGGACUGAGAGAGAGACAGAACUGGCGCUGUGGGCUUUCCGUAAAUGGAGAUGUUAUCAGUUCACUUCUCUCAGAGAUCUGCUUUGGGGCAAUGCCAUCUUCCUCAAGGAGGCCAAUGCCAUUAGCGUGGAGCUAAAAAAGAAGGUUCAGUUCCAGUUUGUGUUAUUGACGGACACGCUUUACUCUCCACUUUCACCUGACCUGUUACCACCUGAGACAGCUAAAGACCGCGAGAAAAGCCCAUUCCCUCGCACCAUUGUGGCUGUAGAAGUCCAAGAUCAGAAAAAUGGAGCCACACAUUACUGGACCCUGGAGAAGCUCAGGCAGAGGCUGGAUCUGAUGAGAGAGAUGUAUGAUCGUGCUGCUGAGGUGCCUGGCAGUGCUCUUGAGGACUGUGACAGUGUGCUGACUGGAGGCGAUCCAUUCUACGACCGCUUUCCCUGGUUCCGUCUGGUUGGAAGAAACCCCCUUUUCUCCACAUGCCUUAGUGAGCAAGCGAGCGACCCAAACUCCUCCCCCACCCCCUCUGAGCCCACAUCAACCUCUGAAAUCACUGAGCUGGUCCAGUCAUGGCCUGACAAGAGAUUGGGGACAGAGCUGGAUGACUUGGACGAUGAUUUCUUAUCGGAUGACCCAUGCUCGGAUAUUGAGGAGGAGGAGGGGGAGGAUGAGGAUGAGGAUGAUGAUGAUGAUGAGGGAGAGCUCUGCAGAAGCUCCGGCAAAGCUGAGGACCCGUUUUACGAUCGCUCGCCAUUGUUCAGUGUAGUGGGAAGGACAUUUGUGUAUUUGAGUAAUCUGCUCUAUCCUGUGCCCUUGGUCCAUCGGGUUGCCAUUGUCAAUGAGAAGGGAGAGGUCAAAGGUUUCCUCAGAGUAGCUGUACAGGCAAUAUCAGGUGCUCUGGUUUUUCCUCCAGCUGAUGAAGAGGCACCAGACUAUGGCUCUGGUGUCCGACAGUCAGGCACUGCCAAGAUUUCUUUUGAAGACCAACAGUUUGAGAAGUUCCAGUCAGAAUCCUGUCCUUCUGGUCUUUCACGUGCUGCUGUAUCUCAGGAAGAGCUGCGAAUUGUGGAGGGUGAGGGCCAAAAUGCAGAGAUGUCACUGUCAGCAGAUGAGGUCAACAAUAAUACCUGUGCAACUAACACAGAGGAGCUGGACAGCCCUGUCAAAACCGGUCUUGAUGGCGUACUGGAUGGCGCUCUGGAUCACUUGAGGAUCGGAGAAGCCUUUACAUUCAGAGUUACUGUGCUGCAGGCGUCAAGCAUAUCCGCAGAAUACGCAGACAUAUUCUGCCAGUUCAAUUUUAUUCACAGGCACGAUGAAGCGUUUUCCACAGAGCCGUUGAAGAACACUGGACGUGGUCCACCACUUGGCUUCUAUCAUGCGCAGAAUAUUGCCGUGGAAGUGACUAAGUCCUUUAUAGAGUACAUAAAGACUCAGCCAAUCGUGUUUGAAGUGUUUGGACAUUACCAGAAGCAGCCUUUCCCUUCGCUCUGCAAGGAUCUCAUUAGCCCGUUGCGCCCAUGCAGACGACAGUUCCCGAGAGUCAUGCCUCUUUCCAAACCAGUACCUGCCACCAAACUGACAGCUCUCACACGACCCACGGCAGGACCGUGCCACUGUAAAUAUGACCUGAUGGUCUUCUUUGAAAUCUGUGAGCUAGAGGCCAAUGGAGACUAUAUCCCAGCCGUAGUGGACCACCGGGUAGGCAUGCCCUGCCAUGGCACUUUCAUGUUACAUCAGGGCAUCCAAAGGAGAGUCACAGUCACCAUAGUACAUGAGUCAGGAAGAGAUAUUAAGUGGAAGGAAGUGCGAGAGCUGGUUGUAGGGCGCAUCCGGAACACGCCUGAAGCAGAUGAGACAAUCAUCGACCCCAAUAUUCUCUCUCUCAACAUACUGUCUGCAGGAUACAUCCGUCCCGCACAUGAUGACAGACAGUUUCUUGAUUCGGACAUUCCUAGGACAUUCUACCAUUUUGAGGCUGCUUGGGAUUCAUCCAUGCACAACUCUUUGCUGCUUAACCGUGUCACUCCUUACGGAGAGAAAAUCUACAUGACUCUGUCUGCUUACCUGGAGAUGGAGAACUGCACACAGCCCACAGUGAUAACCAAAGACUUAUGCAUGGUGUUCUACUCAAGAGACGCCAAGCUCCCAGCAUCUCGCUCCAUCAGGAACCUCUUCAGCAGUGGCACCUUGAGGCCAUCUGAAGGAAACCGUGUAACUGGUGUGUAUGAGCUCAGUCUGUGCCACUUGGCUGAUGCAGGGAGCCCAGGUAAGACACCAGAAUGCAGUGACAGCCUCAUCCUGGACCAUCAGUGGGAGCUGGAGAAACUGAGCCUCCUGCAGGAGGUGGAGAAAACCAGACACUACCUCCUCCUUAGGGAGAAGCUGGAGUCCACCCUGCUGCUGGGCCAGGAGUCGCUGCUGUCCUGCGGGAGUGAGGAUCUAACCGAGUCCUCUUCCCCGUCCACCCACCUGGGCCUGGGCCACAACCCUUGCCCCGGCCCUGACACACCCAACGAGAGGCAGAAGGAGCUGUCUGCAAAGUGUUUGCGUUUGCUUAACCACACCUUUAACAGGGACUACAGCCAUGUGUAUGUUAGCGCCAGCGAGAGCAAGUUAAGCGAGAUGUCAGUAACUCUUUUGAAAGACUCGGCCUCAGUGUGUGCAGAAAGCACCCUCACCCCGUCCUCCACAUGCCCCUCACUCGUGGAGGGACGCUACGGCCACAACACUGAACUCAGACCCCCAACACCUCGAUCUCGUGCUGUCAGCCCCAUCCCUGACACUGAAACAGAGGGCAAGAAGUCUCCUCAAGAGUCCAAAUCAAGAUCCCACACUUUUGUGCCAGACAUUCAGGAAAUCCGUGUCAGCCCAAUUGUGUCAAAGAAAGGUUAUUUGCAGUUCCUGGAGCCCCACAGUAAUGACUGGGUUAAGAGGUAUGUGGUGGUACGCCGGCCUUAUGUCUACAUCUACAACACAGAGAGAGACACAGUGGAAAGGGCCAUUCUUAACCUGUCCUCGGCACAAGUGGAGUACAGCGAAGACCAGCAGGCCAUGCUGAAGACCCCCUACACAUUUGCGGUAUGCACAGAGCAUCGUGGGAUACUCCUUCAAGCCAGUAAUGACAAAGAGAUGCAUGACUGGCUGUAUGCCUUUAACCCUCUGCUUGCUGGAUCUAUCAGGUCUAAACUGUCCAGAAGAAGAGCCGGGCAGAUGAGAUUUUGAGCCCACUACAUGUAUACCUACUGUACAACACUUUGAGGACAAAAAACACAAAGGACUAACCUUGUAAAUAGAUCUACUGAUAGAUCCCUCAGUUUCUGUGCUUAAUCAACUCUCUGACCCUCUGUUUCCUACAUGUGUGUACCUGCACCUGCCCACACUAGCACCGACUGUGCACCUGUAUCUUAAAGGCCCCUUUGUUGUGCAUCUACAGUGGCCUAAAUAUUCAACUUAUAGCGCCAAGAGAACAGGCUAACUACUUUAUUGGGGUAGAGAUAGUAGUAUGCUUAUGUAGUCUUCAGCAACAUUUUAGAAAGCUGGUGAUGGGAAUUUCUAAUUCUGAAGCUGUCAGCUCAUGCAAACACAUCUGAAUUUGUUACUGUGAAGAGUGGCGUCCAUAACUUGGGUUUGUGGGAAAAUGGAUCACAUGGCCUUACUGUGUUACUCUUGAAUUGCAAGUCUAUGGGUUUAAAACGAUAAAACUGGUCAGUAUUUAAGUCAGCAGACCAUAUGUUUGUUCAUUUCUUGGCUAUGGAAGACAGGAUUGAUCAAUGAUAAGCAGUUCUUAGCAAGGAGUAGAUGAAUCACAUCAUAUUACGCUCUUACUCUCUUUAAGUGCAGUUCUUGGACACAGUACAACCCAUCAUAAAUACUCAUAUACCUUUAUAAUGUUUCCCUUGUAUGGCCUUGAAAUGCAUAAAGUUUUCAAAAUAACCAGGAUGCAUGAGAAAAAAAUUGGCAAUGGAAAAUGGUUGCAUUCUCAAAUCUCUAUAUGAGAACCAUUAUAAAGAUUUGGCCUAUUUUUGUUGGAGUACUGGUCAGUAGAUUAAUCUAAAAUGUAUCAUAAUCCAGUCUAAUAUUUUAUAUAAAAAAUUAUCGGUAUCCCCAAAUGAUCUUAUAUCUGUCUAAUUUAUUUUUAUCUAGUUAGGUAUUUAUUUAACGUUUUUAUUUAUUUCAGUAUGUAUUUAUUGACAAAGACUGUAAUAUUUUUAAAGAAGUACAGUGCAAUUUCUGCAUAUGGCACUUUUUUUAUCAUGAGUUGACUAACCUCCCUUUUACUGACUGCACUGCUCUCAUUUCCCCCGACACAAUGAAAAGCAUUUGGGGAAGAGGUUAGAAGUGAAUAGCUGGGAUAGCUGCUAUUACAUGUAGAUUACUUGAAUUUUACUUCUACUAGAUACGUUCACUUGUUUUAGUUAAGAAAACAAAAAUGUUUUUUUGCAAGAUUGAUCAGGUAGAGAAAACUCAUCUUCAUUGCCCAGAAUCCUAAACGAGUGUUUGUGCAGUGGUCAGUCUUGGAAAAUGGAAGGUUUAGAAGUCUGUUAGAAUAAAUCAAAUGUACUGGUGGAAUUUUCUACAUGCACCCCAGAGAGUGAUGAUUUUGUGCCUCUUGCAUCAUCUACUCUGUUUUUGUUUUACAAUUUCCAUCAUCUUAAUCCCUGUGCGCUUCUUUAACAGGGUGAAUGUUCACUUUCAGGCCCACUCAUCUGUACCAUGCUUCCUCUCUGUGCGCAGGCAAAAGUAGCUUUAGUUAGUUUGUUUUUAGUUAGUUUCAUUUUUAGUUUGCAUAUUGCACAUGCCCUACAUAUGACUAGGUUUUGAGAUUUCUAAGCAUAUCUAGAUGGUGUAAAUAUUUUUUUUCUCAACUGACUUUACUUAAAAAUGAACAAAACAAACCUAUGUAUUCAGCCAGAAAAAAAAAAAAAUCAUCAUGGACUCCAGAAACAAGCGCUGCUGUCAUUGUUCCGAACCUUGUUUUUUUCAAUGAUUGUAAUCAUAUAAAAUAUCCAACAGGCUAAGACAUGUAACACAAUAUUUGCAGACACAUGAUUUAGACACUUUGUAGUGCAAAAGCGUUUGUUAGAAGGUGGAGUUCUGUGGACCUGGACUUAGGCAGUCACUGGAGCAGAAACCAUGCAUGCACUUUCAUUGCUUAUUAUAGUUAGACCAGGCAGUUUAUAAUUUGGUUUGGGAUAACUGGAUGAUCCUGCAGGUUACCUAACACAAGCCUUUUCCAUGUUUAGAGCGCAGUUCCAACUAUUUGCACACCUGAGGUGCCUCCAGGGCAGCAAGAUUCAGGCAUAUCAGCAUGACUGAGGCCAGCCAACCUUCAGCACAUGCUUAGUACAGGAAGAAUCUGACACUGAACUAACCUCUAUUGAAAGCCUUGAUCUGUCUAUGAGUAAACCUCAAAGAUCUGCAUUUCUAAUUCCAAAAAUUCAGUUACUAAUAUUGUUAUUUAGGAUGUUGAAAGCUGAAAAGUGGGUUUCUGGUUCUAUGAAAAAGCGGGGUUCUGCUUCUCUGUAAAAGCAGAAAACAUAUCCUAAAAGGAUUCUCAAUCCCUGAAGGUUCUCUGUUUUUGAAAAAUAGUUAAUGCACAUUUUUGCAAUUUCUGUAUGUAUAUGUCACUUCACUUUCACAACCAGUUCAGAGUAAAAUAUAAGCAAUGCCACUACUUUUAGAAACAAGUGCAUAUGUUAAUAGUAAUAGCAGGUGCAUUUUCAAGAUGAGUGACAACUAAAUUAUUACAAAACAUAAAGUUAAAAGAAUCACGUUCAGUUUGAGUACAUACAAGUAAAAGUGAAUUGUCUUGGUUUUUGUCUGUGCACCUUGUAGAAAGUAAUGCAGAGAGCUGAAUGGCAUUCUUUAUGUUAUAGCCUGUCCUGUACCAUUUCUACAAGCAAUUUACAUAAAACAUUACAUUAUCAUGUUUCAAGGCUAAAAACGUUGCAUUCGUUUUACCAUCUCCCAAAAUGAAAGAAUUAAUCAGUUCUCAUAAUCGACACCAAAUAUUUGUGUGCUUCCAUUCUCCUCUUAUGCACAGACUCCAUUCAUAAGCAUAUUUUCUCUCUUUUUUUUCUCUCUCAGUUUUACUUGCCUUGUAUAUAAACAUGAUUGCUGUGAAUGGUGUAAUAUGCAGUUGUAACUGGUUUGUACCAUCUUCAAUGGGCAGUAGUUCGAUGUCUCUUUCUGAGUGUUGGAAUUAUGAGUUAAAUGUUUGUGUACACUCAACACAUUGUCAGAUAUGAAAUAAAUGUGGAACUUAUGCAACACUA